AUGGAAUCUGGCGUAGAGAAGAAGCGCCUCGCCAAACUCGCCCGGGUUCGGGAGAACCAGCGCAACAGCCGAGCGCGGAGGCAAGACCACCUGCGCGAUCUCGAGCAGAAGGUGCUGGGUCUGCAGAAAGAGCUUGAUCGCCGAGACGUCGCGCACAGGCUUGCCGUGCAGGCGCUUGAAGCGGAGAACCGAAAACUCCGGGGUUUGCAUCUCGCUUCGGGUGUUCCGGCUGCUGCUUUGGAGGCGUAUCUGGGCUCCGGUGAUGAUUCGGUGAUGAAUCGGAAGAUUGCUAUACCGGCUGUUCAGCGUGUUUCUGUUCCGGUUGAGCCUGAGAAACGGCAGCAGCACCAGCAGCCGGAGCAGCAGCAGGAGGAGGCCAAGUGCCUGCGACCUUGCUCGAGUACUAGCAGCGAGGAAGCAGGGGAACCGCCUUCGGGGUAUCCGAGUCCUGGGACCGGUUCGAGCCAGGAGAAGGGUAUGGAUGCCGAGACUCAAUCGCAGCGUGGAAAAUCCGAGACAUCUCAGACAGCGGAGAUUCCGUCCCUGUGUGCGUGCGCACCGAAUGAGGACAUGGACUCGCUCCCUAUCAGUGCGCGCGUCAUAAACACGACAUUCUGCACCAUUGCAGAGAAACUGGUGGACCAGUACAACUCUCGCGGGUUGGACGUGUCAGAAAUCAAACAAAAGCUACGCGAGGGCUUCUUCCGUAGUAACUCGGAAGAAGGAUGUCGAGUGCAAAACCAGAUUCUUUUUCAAGUUUUGGAUGAAAUUAGUGGGCAGUGA